GUCUAAAAUUAUAAAUUUAUGAAAUAACUUAUCCUGCAAUCAAGGGAAGCUACUCGUCAAAAUUUAUUUUCUAUCAAACAAAGCGAAAAACAACGCAAAAAUCCAAAUAGAAAUGACAGAAAUAACACUCCGAUACGAUGCGAUUCAGAAAAGUAUUGGGGGCUCUGAUGCCUAUUACAAUGAUGCUAUAGAACAAGCUGCAAGCUUCAAUGUUAGAUUAAAGAAUGAUCGUAAAAUGAGACUGCCAUUCCUUGACUCACAAACUGGUGUAGCUCAAAGUCAUACAGAUCUAUGGCAUACAUACAGGCACAGGCAACCAGGAAAGUUUCCAGGUCAGAUAUACUCGUAUCCAGAGAGAAGAUGGAAAAAGAAACGCCAUUACUUCUUGUUCCCUGAAGAGCGUACAGCAAAAACAAGUGAAAUAGAGACUGGUGAAUCAGAGAUUAGUACCCCAAGACGUAAACAACGACAAGAAGUGGUACAGCCAGACAUGCAUCAGAUAAGUACAGUAGAAAACCCUGCAGCAAGGACAGAAACUGAAGAGUUUGGAGACCUGAAGAGUGAGACAAGCAAGGACAAGUGGUAUGAUGAUUAUGACGAGUACAUGGAGCCACCAGAUGCCGGGGAAAUGUGUGAUGACCAAUCAGAUAUCAGUGACUUUGAACAGGAAUACAUCAAGAAAAGAAAACGCAAGGGCAAGGGUGGUGGUAGAGGUCGUAAGAAGAAGGUAGUUGAGAAAGAAGAUAAGGAGAAGAUUGAUGAAGAGAAAGAAAAGCCAUAUGCAUGUGAAGUGUGCAAUGCCCGUUACAAGACUCGGCCUGGAUUGUCAUAUCACUAUAAUCAUUUCCACAACGGCAUGAUGGAACCCGAGGAGCCAGAACCCUCACCCAAGUCUGUCG